CUGCCAGAAUCACCCCCAACCCCCUGACGGGGCGGGGCCUGCUGGGUUUUUAGCCCGCUGCCUGCUCGCCCGGGGGUACUUGCGCCGUUAGACGGAGGCUGAGCUGGGCGUCCCGACACAGGCCCCCGAGGGGCAGGAUGAUGGGGGGGCUCUGCUCCCAGCUGGCCCUGCUGCUGCUGCUGUUCCCAACGCACGGUGCUGAGGAGAGUCAAGACCAGCCAGUGUUCAGCCGUAUCAUCGGGGGGCAGGAUGUCCAGGAGGGCAAAUGGCCCUGGCAGGUCAGCGUUCAAGAGGAUGACAAGCACGUCUGCGGGGGAUCCCUCAUCGCAGCCCAGUGGGUGGUGUCGGCCGCUCACUGCUUCAAUCCCUCUGUGUCCCCUUCCCAGUAUCGUGUGGUGCUGGGGGCGCACCAGCUCGCCAACCCCUCACCCCAUCAGGUCACACGUGAGGUGCAGCAGAUCAUCCUGCAGCCCAGUUACAAUAAGACAAGCUUCGUGGCCGACAUCGCCCUGGUGCGGCUGGGGGAGCCCCCAGGGAGGGGCGCGCAGACUGGGAUCCAGCUGGCCCCAGCCCUGGCCCUGUCUUUGUUAAGCUAA